CCCACCGUCUGCACCCACGCUCUGGGCUCGCGAUCUGGAUAAUUACGGCGCGAGGGCGGUAGUCUCGUGGCAGUUUCAUUCUCGCUUUUUUCAUUUUUCUCAUUUAGCUCAGUUAUGUCUUUUUAGUCCAUUGUUUCGCAUGCUCGAGGACUACUCCUCCGGAGAGCGGUAGUGGCGGAGGAGGGGCUGGGAGCAUGUGUUAACCCGGAAGAAGUGAACCAGGAAGUGAACGUGCUCUCGGGUACUCACAGUUCUUUCCUGAUCUUCCCCGCCGCCUCCCGUAUCGCCUCUUUAUGGACUCACUCCAUAUACUGAGUUACACAGCAUGGUUUGCCUGUGCCGCUGCCCCGCGGGCUGUCACUUCUGACCUGCCGACGCUCGGAACAUUCCCUAAAGCACCAGAGUAAUACUGUGACUGGGAUCGGUAAUGGCGAAGCCGUGCUGUUCUCAGGUAGACGGGAUUUUCCCAUGUUGCCAAGCUGGUCUUGAACUCCUGACCUCAGAUGAUCCGCCUGCCUUGGCCUCCUAAAGUGCUAGGAUUACAGGUGUGAGCCACUGUGCCUGGCACAUUUUGAUGCUGAGAUGAAUCGACACCUGUGUGUUUGGCUUUUUAGACGUCCGUCUCUUAAUGGUUCCCUCCACUGUCACAUCCAGCUCCAUUCUCAUCAAUUUGGACAGAUACAUCUUGACACAAGGAUGCAGGUUUUUAGACAAACCGGAAAGUGCAUUCUUCAUCACCUGCUAAGUAAGAAUUGGUCCAGGAGAUACUGUCAUCAAGGCACCAAGAUGCUCUGGAAGCAUAAAGCACUACAGAAAUAUAUGGAGAACCUGCAUAAGGAGUCCCAAACACUUGAGCAGUGUCUGCAGCACUUCUCUGUGAAUGAAGAGAAGCGAAGGUCCUUGAACAGAAGGCAGGCUGAGUUGGCACCUCUUGCAGCCGUUUACCAAGAAAUUCAGGAGGCUGAACAAGCAAUUGAAGAAUUAGAAUCAAUGUGUAAAAGCCUAAAUAAACAAGAUGAAAAGCAGUUACAAGAACUUGCACUGGAAGAAAGGCAAACCCUCGUUCAAAAAAUCAACAUGUUGUACAGUGAGCUUUUCCAGAGCCUUGUGCCAAAGGAGAAAUACGACAAAAAUGAUGUUAUUUUAGAGGUGACAUCUGGAAAAACUACUGGAGGUGACAUCUGCCAACAAUUUACCCGAGAAAUAUUUGACAUGUACCAGAAUUAUUCGUGCUACAAACACUGGCAAUUUGAACUUCUGAAUUAUACACCAGCAGAUUAUGGUGGACUACAUCAUGCAGCUGCCCGGAUUUCUGGUGACAGUGUCUAUAAGCAUUUGAAGUAUGAGGGUGGGAUUCACCGAGUUCAGCGCAUCCCUGAAGUGGGCCUGUCCUCAAGGAUGCAGCGCAUUCACACAGGAACAAUGUCGGUUAUUAUCCUUCCUCAACCAGACGAGGUAGAUGUGAAAUUGGACCCCAAGGAUUUGCGAAUAGAUACGUUUCGAGCCAGAGGAGCAGGAGGGCAGCAUGUUAAUACAACCGAUAGUGCCGUCAGACUUGUCCAUAUCCCCACAGGACUGGUAGUAGAAUGCCAACAAGAAAGAUCACAGAUAAGAAAUAAAGAAAUAGCUUUGAGCGUGCUGAGAGCUAGACUCUACCAGCAGAUUAUCGAGAAAAACAAGUGCCAGCAACACAGCACUAGAAAACUGCAGGUGGGAACAGGAGCCCAGUCAGAGCGAAUUCGGACAUACAAUUUCACCCAGGACAGAGUCACUGACCACAGGAUAGCAUAUGAAGUUCGUGAUAUUAAGGAAUUUGUAUGUGGUGGGAAGGCCCUGGAUCAGCUAAUUCAGAGACUGCUUCAAUCAGCAGAUGAAGAAGCCAUUGUUGAACUUUUGGAUGAAAACCUUAAAUCAGCAAAAUAAAUAUUGACUUUUAAUUUAUGAUUAUAUAAAUGAAAUGGACCUAUAUCAAGAGACAGACUGAAGCAUGGAAAUCUUUAUGGAUAUUUAUAAAUUACAGCUAUAAGAAUACAUUACGCAUAAAUAUAUAUUUUUUAAUGAAUCAAAGUCACAUUUCCUGACCUAACGAUUUAUUUUAGGUUUCUUGUAAAGUACAAUCCAACUCCUCAAGUAGAAAACAAGCAUGCAUCAUUGAAAAGAGAAAUAAAGUAUUGAGAAUUGAUUGUG